UACAGAUGCUUUGAUGAGAUUGUGGCUCUGCAUUCUCCAUGGAAAUUGUUUUCUGUAAAUGGGUCUGUGCUUUUCUGUUGUGCUGCUCUCCCAUCUUUUCUAUUGGGCACUCAGUGGAGGGAUUGCAUGGAAGUUCAAAAGUAAGAGGAGUGAACUUAGGUGGAUGGUUGGUGAUAGAAGGGUGGAUAAAGCCUUCUCUGUUUGAUGAUAUUCCCAAUGGAGACAUGCUUGAUGGUACCGAGGUCCAAUUCAAAUCUGUCACUUUGCAGAAGUAUAUUUCCGUGGAGAAUGGGGGUGGCUCGGGUGUUACUGUGGAUAAAGAUACGCCUUUAUCAUGGGAAACAUUUAGAAAAUUAGUUCAUUUCUCAAGGAAAGCUAUCAUAAGUUGA